AUGCGCGUCGUCAUAGGGGACGAAACCGGGUUGCUCAAGUCCAUUGAGCUCGAGAAGAGCGAGCAGUACAUUGUCUCCACCCGAGAGCAGCCACAAGCUCGUGCUCGAGGCAUUCAGCGUCUCUGCUGGUCCGCAAACGAGCAACAAGCCGUAACCGAGCAGCAGAACGUGGUGCUGGCUCGAGCCAACGGGUGGGUGGAGAGCUACGAGGCGUCACAUGGCGCGAUUCUGAACGUAUCGAGAGAGCCAGAGUGGUCCUGGCCCAUGCAGGAUAAGGAACAGGAUAAGACGCGGUGUGUAGGAGUAGAGGUGAUACGUACGUGUGGGUCCGUGGUCCAGUGCUCGGAUACUGGCGACGUGGUAGUGCGGCGGAUGUUGCAGGAUACGACACAGGCUGCUGCUGAACGGACACAGUUUAGCGUGGGUAAGGCGUUGAACGUCAUGCGACUGGAGCCUGCUUUGCAGACGGUCAUUGGCGUGGGCGGCAAGGAGCACGACUUGAAUCUGUGGUCGCUCGAGACGCAGCAAGUUUUGUUCAAAGCUAAGAACGUGAGCCACAACAAGCUCGACAUGAGGGUGCCAGUGUGGGUGAAAGAUCUGAGGUUCUUGUCGACACCUGGUUCGAGUAAUGGAUACCGCGUGGUGGUCGGCUCGGGCUACCAAUGUGUCAGGAUCUACGACUCGAACACGAAGAGGCGACCAGUGCAGCAGCUGGAAAAGUUUGGCGAGCACCCGAUCCAGUCGCUGUGUGUGUCGCCGGACGAGACGCGGAUUUACGUAGGUGACACGGCAGGAAACUUGGAUAUCUUGGACGUGCGGACACUGAAGCACAUGGGACGAUGCACGGGUCCAAUCGGCUCCAUUCGAGACAUAUCGUGCCACCCGACGCUGCCGUACAUUGCGGCGGUAGGACUCGAUCGCAUGGUGCACGUGUUUGAUGUCAAUACGCGAAAACGCCGCCACGUGAUCUAUGCCAAGCAGCGUCUGAACUGUGUCUUGUUCUGUGCGGAUGGCUUGAAAGAUAUGCCAGCUGCUGCUGAUGAACCUGCACGAAAGAAGCAGAAGGCAGACGAAGAAGACAUGGAUUUUGAUGAAGACGACGAGGACGACGAGGAAGAGGAAGCUUACGAAGGUCUGGAAAUCAGCGAAGAGGAAGACGGUGACGAGAGUAGUGACAACAGUGAAGACGACGACGAGGGGCCGGAAGGUGAUAGUGAUUGA